AUGGCUGUAGGAGAAGCAAUUGAAGAACAGAGUUUGUCACGGUGUCACGAAAGGCAUUACUAUCCCGCCAAAAUCGGCGAUGCGUUUAAAGACCACCAGCUCCUGGUUAUUGCAAAGCUUGGAUAUGGCGCAGAUUUGCUGACACGGAUCAACACAACCUCCCGGCAGAUGGGCUUUAGGCGUCUUGCAGACGAUAUCUUUGAAAUCGAUAGAGCUUCCCUCAUGGCCGACACUACUGCAUCUUCUCAAAACCCCAUGGCCAGAGUAUUCGUUGAAACGAGAUGGCGAAACCUUUUGCAUCUACCCACUACCAUACUUGGAGCAGACAUGUCACCUCAGAAUGUUCUGAUGCAGCUCGAGGAUGAUAACAGCCUCAAGGACAUCGAGGACCAAGAGCCGCGAGAUCCUAGUGUCCCUAUCAUCACGACUGAUGGAGCGGCUCCCAUGUACAGGUCUCGGGAAACUAAGCUGGGGUUUUCAGGCCUCCCAGUUACCCUGCUCAUCAAAAUAUCUCCAACGGUGGAAGACUCGGAUAUCCAAUAUAUUUUGGGCCAGUGCCAACGGAAGCGCAUAUUGACUAUUAACCAGAUCAAUGGGUCUGCCCUUCUACCAGUCGCAUUUGCCCGAAAUCAGGAAGGACUGGAAAGUCUGCCUUCAUUUUUAGGCUACAUGAAAGAAGCUUAUCCAAGUCUGCACAUAGGCACGCGACAGGGCGUCCGAACCCCACAUCCCCAAAACCUCUUUCGAGGACUUCGUCUCCACAAUCCCAGGCGAGGAAAAAGACCAGUUUCUCAAGUUCAUACAGAAGAUACUAACUUGGGAUCUGGAAGUGAGGCCCAACUGUACAAGCUCAUCCAAGAUGAGUGGAUGAUGAAGCCUGCUUCAGAAGAAGAUAUGGUGUGUUUGAGGAACCAAAUCGGUGUAUGUAACAUGGAUGACUGUGGAUAG